AUGGCACUCACAAAAGUCUUUACUGCUUUGGCUCUGUCUACCCUCGGAGGAGUCGCAUCCGCCUGGGCCCCGGCAAUCUGCAACGCUGUCGACCCUGCGCCGGACGGUCUCGUCUGUGGACAAACAGGAUUCGCUUCCAACCCAGCUGGAAAACUCUUCUCAAUAGAGAGCCUCAGCAGAGAGAGCUGUACCACCUAUUGCGGCUCAAACGAGGCUUGCACGACUUUCGAGUACAGAAAUACGGCGGAAGGCAGCUGCACACUUUUUGGGGGUGCCUUCAGCGAUCUCCGAUUCAAUGCCGAUGACCACGCUUGGGACGAGUACUAUGAGAUGGGAUGUUUCCAAUGUUCGACAAACGCACUCAUCGAUCUCACCUUCAAUACCAUGCAAUCCGCCGACGACUGGUCUAUGACUCAAGACGUCGAGGAUAGCUUCUUCUUCGACAACGUGAAGAUCGGUGCCGAAAAUGUCUUCCGCGUUAUCGAUGCCGCAGAUUCAGGAAGUGCCGUCCUCACCUAUGCCCCCACGUUCCAGCUCGAGGCUGGUCCUACAUACAAACUGGCGUUUGGGCUGAAGACCAACUUUCCUGACGAUACCGACUGGAGCUUGUUGACGUUCUUCCUGGCCACGAACGAUGAGCUUGUCGUCGAAUACAACCCUCGGGAUGGCGCCCAGACUGGCGAUUGGAUCAACUUUAGCACGGAGUUUACUAUUCAGCCCGUCGAUGCGGGAGAGGGGAGCCUUUUGAUUAAGGCAGAUGCAAGCGGGAAACCACUUGAUUGGUACUUUUCCUACAUCUAUCUCCAGUCCCUUUAG